CAAACUAGUCUAGUUUUUAAGCUAUAUGAUGAAAUUUUAAAUAGCUUCGUUCAUUUGUUGUAGGUACCAUAUAAGACAGCUGUCAUAGGAACAGUGCGUCGAUAAGUGAGUUCUCGUAGAACAAACACUUCAAGAUACCUUAACAAAACUCGGCAAUUUCCAUCGAAAUGAGACUUAUAUGCCAUAUAGCUCCUGUCAGAACAUUAUGUUUGCCAGAGUAUUUAAUCGUCGAUACUACAAAGUUAAGUGUGUUUGCUUGUUGGGACUACGUCAAUGCCAAGGGUCUGCGCACCCCAUAAUGAGCAAAUAAUAUAAUAAUAUUAUCCAAGCAGUAUUCAAUAUGUGGAACGAUGAAACGGAACUUGAGGCGCUGCGUGCGAUCUAUUGCCUAACCGAAGCAGCUGCAGCCAAGCCCAACUGGCGCAAAUUACUUGCUCUGGGCAACACCCUGGAACGGGAGCUAAAGCGUAAGAUACUCUGGGUAUGGCCCACGGCACUGGAUCUCAAGAACUUCAAUCAAAUACUAAAGGAGCUGGACAUACGCAGCGUGCUGAGCAUAGGCUGCGGCAGUGGCUUGCUCGAGUGGCUGGUAGGCGCUGUUGCUGAGCAAGGAUUACGCAUUUAUGGCCUGGAAAGGGAUCCAAACUGGUGGCGCAGCAAGUAUGCGGUCCGCAGUUUUAUACCACUAAACUACAUUGAGGAGGCGUGCUCAAAAUUGAAUGCCCAUUUCUUAAGCGAAUGUUGCUCGGGCGUUGCGCCUUGUGCUCUGCUUUUCUGUUACUUUAACAAUCGCAGCGCAUUUUUAGAAUAUCUUAGUGUGUUUGAGGGCAAGUGGCUAAUAUUAAUAGGCCCACAGCCUGCAGUGGGCAUACACACAGAGCCUAAUCCGCUGCAGCCGCAACUACCCGACGACCAAUGGGCGUUGCAUCAGGUUACCAACUGGACUGAGCAGAAUUUGGUGGCUGUUUACGAGAAACUACCGUAAUUUAGCGGCACAUGUAUUUUGUUUAUAAUAUUUAUAAUAAUAUGAAUAAUAUAUCUAACUCCUAUUGACCUCUA